UGCCUGCAGGUCGCGGUGCGGGAGUGCGUGGCUCUCUGUAACAAGUGGCAAACAUUGGUAGCGUAAACUUCCACGUUGAGAAAUUUAUAUUUGUUAGUGGGGUUAAUAGCAUGGUGAACUUGGGUUGUGGUGAGGCGUACGGCAGCAGCAGCAGCAACAUGGCCCGCACGCCCCUCAAACAUUCCUUCUCCAUCAGCUCACUCCUGUCGGAGGCCGUCCUCAACGCCGUUCCUGCCCACGCAUCAGAGCAGCCCGUCAAGAACCACGACCUCUGCCUUCAAGAUUUUGAGAUGACAGCUGCUGUGGAAGACGACGAGGAGGACAUAGACGUGACAGGCGCCGCGAGUCCCCUACCCGGGGUCAUGUCUGACUCGGAGGUGGAGGAACAGCAAGAAAAAGACGAGAAGGACAUGAAGAAGGAAGACGGAGAGAAGAAGAAGCACGAGAAGCCGCACUUCAGCUACAACGCCCUCAUCAUGAUGGCCAUCAGGUCAUCGCCCGAGAAGCGGCUUACUCUGAGCGGCAUCUACGAGUUCAUCAUGAAGAACUUCCCGUAUUACCGGGAGAACAAACAAGGUUGGCAGAACUCCAUCCGUCACAACUUGAGUCUUAACAAGUGUUUUGUUAAGGUUCCCCGUCACUACGACGACCCGGGCAAGGGCAACUACUGGAUGCUCGACCCCUCGGCCGAGGAAGUUUUCAUCGGCAGCACCACGGGCAAGCUGCGGCGCCGCUCCACCACAGCUUCCCGCAACCGCUUGGCCGCCUUCAAGCAGUCCCUUCUCGGCCGCUUCGGCUGCUACUCCCCGCUGGGGCUGGCGCCGUACGCCGCAGCCGCAGCCGCCGCCGCUGCUGGUCUCGGGGGGCCGCUCGGGUCUCUGCCAGGGGCGUUGUCAAGUGGUCUGGCGUCAACCGCACUCUAUCAGCAAGCUUCUGCCGCAGCCGCGGCAGCAGCACUUUACCGCAGUUAUCCACCCACUUAUUAUCCUGGGCUCCUGCCCACCGCCCACCUGACGCAGGCCGUCUCCCCUGGCCCAACCGCAGCACCCACAGGCUUGUCCAAGCCCACCGCCCUCAGCCCACCUACACAACAACCGCCCACCUCCUUCAGUGUCGAUCACCUUCUCUCAGAUGCCCACCCGAGCAACCCACCUAGGAACCUCCUGGUGGGUCUGGGCGGGCUGUCGUCGUCCGCCCACUACGACGCCUACAGAAGUUCUUUGGUGGCCCAGAUGGGCGAGGGUGGACGACGGCAUUCGCUUCACCGCCCCAUUACAGUGGUGGGCGGCCGACCCAGCUAACUUAGUGACACCGCCCACACCUCGCCCGCGCCUUCAGCUGGGUGGAGGCGCUCACAACCCAGCCGCCCAUACACGCACACUCUCCACGCCCGCAACCCGGUCACCGCCCACGCCUCAACAUCCUCACCCGACU